GGCCCUCCCGGCGGCUACGACAAGACGCCCCUCCCAGACGCCCCUCAGGGAUACACCGUCCGCUUCAUCUUCCAUUCGGCGUCGAAUGUCCCCGUUGCGGAUCUACACACGGCAUCGUCAGAUCCCUUCCUGGUAGCCACGCUCAAGGGCACGCAGCCAAAGCGCCACAAGGAGGACCCCGAUCUCAAGUACAGGACGAGGACCAUCCACCGAACCACCACGCCAGUAUGGGACGAGGAAUGGGUCGUGGCCAAUGUGCCCCCCGGCGGCUUCACCCUCAAGUGCAGAAUGUACGACGAAGACGUCGCAGACAAGGACGACAGGCUGGGCAACGUGACGGUCAAUGUCGGCUCCAUCUCUGAGGACUGGCCGGGCAUUCCUCCGCCGGGACAGGAGUUUGAGGCCAAGAAGCGGGUCAUGAGCAAGCGGGCGUUUAUACUCAAGGGCAUCGCCAGCGCCAUCAGCCACGGGACUCACAUCGCUCCUCGUCUGCGCAUCAGCAUGGAGGUGCUGGGCAAGUCGGACCCUCCCUUUGCGCAGAUGUACACCUUGGCCCCGACGCGAUGGAUCAAGCACAACAGUCCCAUGAUUGGGCGCCUCAUCGGACAAAAGGUGAAUGCGAAUGAGUCUGAUGACGAGAAACACCACCAGAGCGAUAGCAACGAUCCCAAGUCGACGAAAUACGACUUCCAGGCAAACGAGAUACAGCUACAGGGUCCUGUGCCACCCACGCUCUACCACCGCUACGUGGAGUUUCGUCCCGUCAUCGGCUCGCUCUUCUCAUCGACCGGGCUCAGGGGGAAAAUCCUCAACAAGGCUCUGCACAAGCAGCACCACCGCAUCUACAACUACGACAGCAGCACCGAAUACGGCACUUACAAGCCUUGCUCCAAGGAAGCCUCGCUCCAGUUCCUCCGCAUGGUGCAUUUCGACGAAGGCGGCCGCAUCUUCACGUACGUGCUCACUCUGGACGGCCUCAUGCGCUUCACCGAGACGGGUAAAGAAUUCGGCAUCGACUUUUUGAGCAAGCACACCAUGCACGCGGAUGCUGAGAGGUACAUUGCCUACUCGGGAGAAUUCUUCAUUCGCAGACUGCAGCACCCGGAUGCCAGUGACAGCGCGGAGCCGAAUGAGAAGACGCACCCGGGUGACUCUAUCCCCGGCGGUCCGCCAAACCAGCCUCCCCCUCCAAAUCCUGCCUUUUACCAGCUCUUCAUUGACAACGAGUCGGGAACAUACCGUCCUGAAAAGUCCGUCUUGCCAGAUCUUAAAGAGUUUCUGGAGAGGAACUUUCCUGACAUGGGCAUUGUCACCAUGAGCGUCGAAGACGAGAAGCUGCAGAAGCUCAAGGACGAGCAGCGAGCCAUCAAGAAGAGCGAGGGCCGCAUGAUGCACGUCGUAAUGAAUAGCAGUACCGACAGCCUCAGCUCUGUAGAGAGCGAGCUCAACGACGAAAACUACAGUCUGGAGACGGGAAGGAAGAGCAAGAAGGAGGCGGCUCAUGCGGUCUUGAGGAAUCCCAACUCUGAGCAUUUCAAAGAGGCUGCAGACAUAAUGCUGCCA